UACUCCCCCUUUUCUGCCAUUGACGCUGCCGCUUCUUGCUUCACGGUUGUGAGCAGCGCUGCCUCGGGGAAUGGUAUUGCUUGUAGCUCAUUAUUUCGUUACGAAGCAUUAGGGGAAGGUGUGUGUUUUACUCAAGAAGUGUGCGACAACGCUUGUGGCGAGAUGACGACGCGUUCGGAAAGAGAGAAGGCCCAGAAACUCAAUGAACAGCACCAGGCCAUCCUGUCCAAAAUGCUGCGAGAAGAAGACAACAAAUACUGCGCCGACUGUGAGGCGAAAGGUCCUCGAUGGGCAUCAUGGAACCUGGGGGUCUUCAUCUGCAUCCGCUGUGCUGGGAUCCAUCGCAACCUCGGGGUGCACAUAUCACGCGUCAAAUCCGUCAACCUGGACCAGUGGACCCCCGAACAGAUCCAGAGUGUACAGGACAUGGGAAACUCCAGGGCCCGCCGGCUGUACGAGGCCAAUCUCCCAGACAACUUCAGACGGCCUCAGACGGACCAAUCUGUGGAGUUCUUCAUCCGGGACAAGUACGAGAGGAAGAAAUACUACGACAAAAACGCUGUCAACGGAAACCUCAAGUCUAGUGAUGCUGCCCUUCCCUCUGCCUCCUCACCCUCCUCACACCAAGCUGAUAAAAACAAGCAAGAGAAAGAAAGGGAGAAGAAGGAAGAGAAGAAGAAAGAAAGGGACAGUGAAAAAGGGAACAAGCCCAGCUCCUUGGAGAGGCAUCAGAAGAGGGACGAGCCCCAGCAGGAGCCCCACUCCAGCCCCAUGAAAACUGCAGAGCCGGCCAUCGACUUAUUAGGCCUGGAUGCCCCGGCAGCAGGCUCUGCCAACAGCGGGAGCAGCUCUGUUAGCUCCGCCCCUCUGACCGAUGAGCUGGACAUCUUCGGCCCCAUGGUGUCCAACCCCCUCCCCUCCUCCAGCACACACAUCUCUCAGGCCAGUUCCAGUAAAGCCGCCGGGGCCUCCGCAGGCACAGGAAGUUCGGCCCCCGCCCAGGGCGACCUGGACCUGUUCACCGAGACCAGCGGCAAGGCCGAAGACUCGGCCAAGAAGCUCCUCUCCAAGGACUCCAUCCUCUCCCUCUACAGCACCAGCAGCAUGCCCCCGCAGCCUGCCCCCGCCAUGUUCAUGGGCCCGUCCCAGAUGCAGUUCCCCUCCCAGCCGGGCCCCGGGUACCAGGGCUUCCCGGGCAUGGGCGCGCCCGCCCCCCCCACCACCAUGAUGGGCACGGUGCUGGGCCAGAGCGGGCCGGGCAUGGGGCAGAACGCCGGGAUGGUGGUCGGCAUGACGAUGCCCAACGGCUUCAUGGGGGCGGCGCCGGCGGGGGUGAUGGGCCUGGCCCCCGGGGUGAUGGGGGCGCAGGGGGGCGCUGUGCCCGCUGGAGUGGUGCCCCCCCAGAACAUGUACGCCAUGCCAGCUGGGCAGCAGGCACAGUGGAACAUGAGUCAGGUACAGUAUGAAUCUCAUCAGUAGUAUCACAGGCGCUAC